AGGGACAUAUUGGCCAAAGGUAUAUAACCACCACCAUCCGCCUCCUCCCACCAAAAAUACGAACACUCUCAGUCUCUCCCCACCGGAAUGGAGAAGCUCAAGUCUUUAGUACCCGGAACCCUGAAGCAAAUAAUCGCAGAGAGCAUCACUGACGAUCUUCCCAGCACGUGUUCCUCCCUCCUUGACUUCCUCCUCCAUUUCGAGCCAUUUCAGCAAAUGGUUAAGGACCUGACGGACCCGGAAGUUGCGCUAUGUGGGAAGAGUAAAGAGGGUGCUUUGGAGAGUAAGCACAAGGGGAAUAGGUGCUUCUUGAAAAGUGAUUACGCUAAUGCUUUGGAUUUCUAUACCCAGGCAUUGCGAGUUGCGCCAAUGGAUGCACAUGAAGCAGACCGGAAUCUGGUUGCUACAUUGUAUGUGAAUCGGGCUUCUGUGUUGCAGAAAAUGGGGCUUGUGAGGGAGUGUGUAAGGGACUGCAACCGGGCACUUCGGAUUUCUUCAAACUAUGCAAAGGCAUGGUUUAGAAGAGGCAAGGCGAAUGCAGCUAUGGAAAGAUAUGAGGAUGCAAUAUGUGACUUGGACGUAGCAAAGAGUGUGGAGGCAUCGGAUGGUGGAAAGAAACAGAUAGAAAGUGAGAUUAAAGUAGUUUUGGACCAACAGUAUAGAGCAGCAAGUUCAUCAAGGCAACAUAAUCAGAAUGACUCAAUAGUGUUGGAUGAGCCACAGCAAAUGAAAUUACAAUGUGUCACCACACCCGAGAAAGGGAAGGGUUUGGCUUCCAUGGUUGACAUUCUUCAAGCGUCUUUGGUACAUACCGAAGACCCUUUUGCAACGAUAAUAUUAAAGCCUCGUCGGGAAACACAUUGCCACUACUGCUUGAAUGAACUACCAGCGGAUAAAGUCCCAUGUACAUCAUGUUCAAUACCAUGGUAUUGCUCCCAGAAAUGCUGUAUAGAGGCGGGAGGAGAAAUAUGCUGUGAUUACCCAAACAAUCGAAGCAUUCAUAAGUAUCUAUCAGACAAUCUUCAGAGGUACGUUGUGGAUACCACUUUAAAUGCUGAUUCUGAAAGAGCUAAUCAGAUUCCUGAACAUAAGCAUGAAUGCAACGGUGUACACUGGCCAGCAGUAUUGCCCUCUGAGAUAGUUUUGGUUGGUCGAGUACUAGUCAACUCUAUAAUCAAAAGAGGAGGUUCCACAGAUCGUUUCAAUCUUGGAGCAAUUUCGGAUCUUUCUCACCAUUAUUCAAGAAUGUCUCCCGAGUCGAAAUUGGAAUUGCAUAUAUAUGCUACUGUAUUAUCAUGCUGUCUACAACAUUGUAAUGGUUUUGAAGUACCAAUAAAUGGGAUCUCUAUUUCACAGAUUGUUAUACUUAUAUCCCAAAUUAGGGUGAACUCUAUGACAAUUGUUCGUAUGAAGUUCCCUAACCAUCAUGAACUAGAAGAUCAAUUUGGAAAUCUUUCACCUUGGAAAGGAGGUCCAACAAGUAAUGUGGAACAGGUCAGGGUAGGUCAAGCUAUCUAUACAUCAGCAAGCUUGUUCAACCAUUCUUGUCAACCUAACAUCCAUGCAUAUUUCCUUUCACGCACUCUUCAUAUACGAACGACAGAAUUUGUCGCAGCAGGGUCUCCCCUUGAAUUGUCCUAUGGUCCACAGGUCGGGCAGUGGGACUGUAAAGACAGGAUUAAGUUUCUGGAAGAUGAGUACUCAUUUCGAUGCCAGUGCACCGGUUGUUCAAAAAUGAACUUUUCAGACCUAGUGCUAAAUGCGUUUCAUUGUGUGAAGCUGAACUGUUCUGGCAUAGUCUUGGAGAGCUCUGUUAUUAACUGUGAAAAAGAGAAACUUAAGCACUUACCAAACAUCCUUAACACUGACAGCAUCGACUCUCUUCUUCAGGCUAAAGAGCUCAAUAUUGUCAGUAAAGCUGUAAAUGAUAUGCAAAUCAAUAGCUUUUUCCAGUUAAAUCCUGGCUAUUGUCUAAAAUGUGGUACCUAUCGUGAUCUAGAAUCUUCCUCUGUAGCUGCAAAUAACUGUAUCAGAAGAUUACAGAAUUCAAUAGACUCAAAAACUAUCUCUCGUACAACGCUUUUGGGUGCUUUAAGUUCUCUUGGUGUGCUGAGAUCAACUUUGCAUGCAUAUAAUAGAAAUAUUGCAGAGGCAGAAGACAAUUUUGCACAAGCAUUUUGUUUGGUAGGAGAGAUGCAAUCUGCAAUGGAGCACUGUAAAGCAUCAAUUGAGAUCCUGGAAAAGCUCUAUAACUGUAAUCACAUUGUCGUUGGAUAUGAACUUGUGAAGCUCUCAUCUAUCCAGUUAUCAUUGCGUGACAGUGGUGCCGUGGACAGCAUAGAUCGACUCUAUCAAAUAUUUUCAUGUUAUUAUGGAUCACAUACAGACGUCAUUUUCCCAGAUCUUCAAUUCCUUAGAAAAGAGGGGUAA